AUGCAAUCGUUCGACACUCCACCACUUACGGGUGCAACAGGAGCAGCCCUAGGAACAGGAGCUACCGACGCUGCGCAAGGUAACCAAACAUUGGUUCCACCCCUUGCACCAACGAUGGAACAUCAAUCUGAAGACUCGCAUACUAUGUUCUCAAAGCGAUUGGAGGCUAUGGAGCUCUUGCUCGCGCGACUUCCAGGAGUAGCUCCUCCAAUCACCAAAAGUGCUCCUAAUUGCUAUGCAGACACUCCCUUCACGGAUGCCAUCGCUUUGGUUGAGAUGCCAAAGAAGUUCAUCGUCCCUUCAAUGAAGAUGUACGACGGGACGACCGACCCUGAUAAUCAUAUAGCCCAGUACAAGCAACGCAUGUUCACAACGGCAAUAGCAAAAGAAUAUCGCGAAGCUAGUAUGUGUAAAGGAUUUGGAUCUAGCCUCACGGGACCAGCUCUUCAGUGGUUUACGAACCUACCGAACGCGUCAAUCGACUCGUUCGCGUCAUUGACAGACCGCUUUGUUGAGCAAUUCGCGAGCAGCAGGAACAUAGAAAGGACAGCCGACGAUCUCUAUGAAGUGAUACAGAAGAGAGGAGAACCGUUGCGCGAUUACGUAGGUCGCUUCAACAAAGAGAAAGUAUCCAUUCCGGCAUGUGUCACGUCCACUGCCAUCUCUGCAUUCAAAAGAGGAUUGCUCCCAGACAGUGAUUUGUACAAGGAACUGACGAAGUACCAGUGCAGAACGAUGGAAGAUGUGCUAUCUAGAGCAUGGGCUCAAAUAAGGUGGGAGGAAGACCCUGCAUAUCGACACCUACUUUCCCCACGAUCUGAUUCGCGUGUUGUUAGGAACGAGCGUCCCUCUCGAGAUGACAGACCGUACCAGAGACCACGCAGUGAAAGCACUAGCAAGAGAAGCGACAGCAGAAGCGACCAUCGACCACUCAACCAAAUUGAGAGCGACCAACGCUCAUCAUCCACAUGGCCAGACAUGAGUAACCUCGCAAUAUCUCCUGCAGAACUAGUCAAUGUUCUUAAUCAUAUAUCUGGAAACAGAAGAUUGCAUCACGUUGAGAAUGGAAGUAAACGAGCUACUAAAAAAAGGUCACUUGAGAGAUACUUGUCCGACAGGGCUAGGAGUCGCAUCGACGACAGAAGCAAUGACGAGGUGCAAAGAAAACCAUCUCCUGCUCAAUCUCCGGAGCAUGAUCGAAUCAUCAACGUGAUAUCGGGAGGAUCAGAGGUUAGUGGAAUUACUCAUUCUGCUGCUAAAAAGAGUACUAGAAUAGCUAGAACUCAUCAUGGAGAUGUCAAAGCUAUAUGCGAGCGACUGUCGAAGUGCACGAUUAGCUUUGCUUCAGAUGAAGAUAAGUGUGUCCUAGCUCCACAUCAUGAUGCAUUAGUCAUAUCUUUGACAAUCGCUAAUAGUCUGAUGAAAAGGACACUCGUUGAUAAUGGGAGUUCGACCAACAUUCUCUUCAUGGAUGCUUACAAAGGAUUAGGGCUGGAUGAGAAUGCACUGACGCGAAAAUCCACACCACUGGUAGGAUUUAGCGGUGAAGUAAAGCAGACCAUAGGAGAAGUGACGCUGCCUGUGUAUGCAGGAGGAAUUAACCGACAGACAAAGUUUCUGAUACUAGAUUGUGCUACUGCGUACAACGCAAUUAUGGGACGUCCCUGGAUUCAUGACAUGGGGGCAGUGCCAUCGACACUCCAUCAAACCAUAAAAUUUCCUACUCCAUGGGGAGUCAAAGAGAUCAAGGGAGAACAAGAGCAUGCACGUUCAUGCUACCAAACUACCCUAAAAGGGAAAGGUCAUGAGCUAUAUCAACUAGAGAUCCAAUCGUCGAUUCCACAUACCAAAGAAGCAGAGGUGGAACAACUCUGUGAGAUCCACUGA